GUGGCUGUGAUGAGAUGACAAGCAUUGCUGUGGCUUAUGAGAAAUAUAUUGUGCGGUGCGACAGAUAGGGAAGACUGCCAUCUAGUGCUCCAUUUCCACCAUGCAGAUCAUCAACGCACAUGGAUGCACUCCGCUUCUCAGGAGCCAUCUGUAAUCUUUGAAACCGACGACCUACAGACACGUCUCGUUGGACCAUUUGCGCCAGGCCACGAAUGCAAUAAUUUUUAGCACGGGACGACAUGCACUUGGUCUUCAUCAAGACCGCUGUCCUAGCAACUCUCCCUUUGCUUCCUCGCCUACAUGCACAACUGAUGCAACUCGAGGCGACGCAACUGGUGCCUCCAGGUGAGUGCCGCAAAGUCCAAUUUGACUUAGCCAGAUUCAUCUACGCUCCAGCUUCAGAAACCUGCACGGAGACUUGCAAUAGGAAUUUGAUGCAUACAUAUUUCGGAAGUCAAGAUGCGAAAACGGAACCUUGGACGCAUCGGGUCAUGACAGCUGCGAAGAUACGUCUGCAAAGCGUACUCGAGGAUCUCCAAUUCAACGAAGCGUGCAUGGUUGGCUUCUUCCUUUGUAUCCUAAAGCAAGAGGCACGAUCACUUGAUCUGCUAGGCGAGCUUGCUAGGGAAAAAAAUUGCUUUUGCAUGGUUAGUCUUCUCAUGGAGCGACUGCAGCCUCCUAUUGGCAAUCAGACCUGGUUUAUGGACAUGCACUUCCGGGUCAACAGUUGCGAGUUGAUUGACGUGAUUCAGAGGUUGGAGCUUUCGUCUUGGCAGAUUUAUAAUGCGUCAGUACUUGAGCAAGUCACGUGCGAGGAAGACAACUGCUGGUGUGACUUAAAUGGCACUCGUGUGUGUGAAGGAACUGCAGAGGCCAAAUGGUCCCGCUUCCACCAGACGCUAGACGUGCUGGCAAGCCUUUUUCGCGCGGGUCAAGUCCUGUAUUGCAUGGGUAUCGCUUGCAUGUACUUCAAUCUGGGCGCAUUGCUGUGAAGAUAAACGUCAUUGUCAGUCCUAGAUUGUAGUCGAUACGAUUGUGCAUGUGAGAGCAGAGUUCUGAAAGCCUAGAUUAGCACUGACUAGAGCAUGCCAAUGGAUUUCAUACAAGCUCAGAGACAAUCAGGCCGAAUGUCAACAUUGUUAACAUCAUUUGACUCUGAGGGCAGAUCACUAGAUCCACAAACUGGAAGUUUGGUCGUCGCCUCAGCACCUUGUUGACUUGCUUAAUUCCAAGUUCGACCAUGGGGGGCUUUUUCAGAUGUCACAGCCAAUUCUCGACCCGUCACGCCUUCAGCUAAUCUGCAAUGGAAGCCAUCACUUCAACAGUCAACCAUGCAGAACUUGACAGAGUACAUUUUAAAUCCUUCGGAGUCUCUGCGACAGCAAUUGUGCUUCUGCAGGCAAAGUUCUUGGCCCGCAGCGAGAAUCUAGGCAGCCUAUU